AUGUCUGACCGUAAGGAUAAGAAGAAAAAUGAUGAGGCUUCGAGAAAGAGAAAAAGAGCUGAAGAAACUGAAACGCCGGAAAACAAGGAAAAAGCAAAGCAAAAAACCAUGAAACAAUUUUUCUCAGUGAAUGUACCCACAUCAAAUACAACAGUGACGGCAACAACUCUGACUACAACAACAGUCUCUUCACGAAGCUUUGGUGCCACAGAACCAUCGACAUCAUCGGCAACGAAAACAACUAUGGUUACACGUGAAAAUAAGAUGGAUAUCAGUACAUCUACCGAAGAAGCUCCAUUUAUUGCGACAUCAAAUACAAUGACCGCAGCUACUGUCACUUCACAUGCAAUGGAACAAAGCAGUCAAACACCAGAAGCGUCAACAUGUUCGGCAACGGCAACAACCGCAGUUCAUGCGAUUUCGGAUAACAAUUCAAGUGCAAAAGCCGGCCCUAAUGAUAUCACGCCAAUUGGACAAGAAUUCGAUCACGAUGGACAAAUCCAAAAACUGAAAAAUUGCAUUUUCCCUAAAACUGGUGAUGUAAAAGACAGACGAGGUUUUCGAUUGCAAUGGCUAGAUCGUUACGAUUGGAUUGAAUAUUCGGUUAGCAAAGACGCCGCAUUUUGUUACGUUUGUCGUCAAUUCGGUGAGUCGCAAAAGCCUACGUUUACAUUGACCGGAUACUUCAAUUGGAAAGCCGCUCUGACGCCAUCAAAGGGAUUUGGAAAACAUGAUGCGUCGGCCGGUCAUAUUGAUGCAAUGGCACGUUAUGUUGAGAAAAAGAAGCGCACAGAAACUGGCACAUCGAUUUCGGAACUUUUGAAUCCUACAACUUUAGCAAAAUGUCGCUAUUAUUGUAAAUCAAUAAUCGAGGUUAUUUUAUUCUUAGUGAUAAAUCGUCUCGCACUGCGUGGCGAUUGGGAUGCCGAAGAAAAAGAGGAAGGCGGUCUAUUCAACAGUUUGUUCGAAUACACAAUGAAAAAAGAUAAAGAGCUGGUUGCAUGUCAAAAGUAUAUGCCGAAAAAUGUCACAUACAAAUCGCCACAGAUUCAGAACGAAUUUAUUGCAAUUAUUGCUGAACUAUUGCGAGAAAGUAUCGUGAGCGAAGUGAAGAAAGCCGACGCCGACGUUUUCACGAUUCUAUUUGAUGGAACAAAAGAUAAACAUGGUGUUGAAUGCGUAUCGAUUGCCGUAAGAUACAUAUUGAAGGGAAAACCGAUUGAAGCAUUAUUGUUUUUUGAAUCGACUGAUGAUGUGGACGCACACAGUUUCACACAAUUGCUGCUGUCAUGUUUAGCAUCAUAUGGAUUAGAUGCGAUGAAGAUACUUUCGCAAUGUUACGAUGGUGCUGCCGUCAUGAAUGGCUACAAAAGUGGUGUGAUGAAACGACUUCAAGACAUUUUGGAAAAAAUUAUUCCAUACAUCCACUGUUUCAACCAUCGGCUUCGUUUGGUUAUAAUUGACACCGUGAAACAGGUCGCUUCCGUCAAACAAUUUUUCGAACAAAUACAAAUGAUUUACACAGCCUUUAGAAAGCCAAAAAUCCAGAAGAUGUAUGAAGGAACUGCAGUAAAGCGAUUGAUAGAUACACGUUGGACUGGCCAUUUCCAAGCAACCAAAGCAGUGCAGGAAAAUUAUGCACAAAUCGUUGCAACGUUGGAAAAAGUGAAAAAUGAUAAAUACAAUCGCAUUGAUUUGAAUGGCGAUGAUAUUGCCACAUGUAUUGGUAUUCUUAGUGUCAUUACACAAAAGACGUUUGUGUUUCAUUUGGUUUUUAUGGAUGAACUGUUGACAGUUCUGACUCCAGCUGACGCUAUUUUUCAAAGUCGUGAAAUGAGUUACCACAGAGCUAUGCCGGUAGUAGAAAUCGCAAAAGAAACGAUCGCUAGUUAUCGCACCCACGAAAAGUUCGAGCAAUUUAUGAAUGAUGCGAAUUAA